AUGCUCGCGCGCGCGCAACAGGUCGCCGGUCUGUUCGCCAUCAGCGCAGGGCGCUCGUGUCCAGCUGUCCAGACUUCCGAGUCGCCGGUCGAGGAUGCCAUCCGGCGCUUCACCAGGGGCAUGGAACGGAAGACCUCUGGGAGCGCCGCCCGCAACCCUGGCGCCCGUUCUGAAGAGGAAGCGUCGUACUGGCACAGCAGCAGCAGCAGCAGCAGCAGCAGCAGCAGCAGCAGCAGCAUCAGCAACAUUGGUUUCCAGGCCAGCAGCGGUACCACCAACAGCACCAGCAAUCCAGCCACCGAGCGCGGUUUUCGACCGGAAUUGGGCCGGGAAUCAUGCUGGCAACAACGGUAUUUCCGCCAGCGUUUCGCAUCCCGCCAACGGCCAGUGGACGGCGAUCAACCUGGAUGUGGUCGGGUGUUUGUCCACGAGGCCACCAUCACCAAGAGCGCUGCCAUCACCUUCAGCACAAUCACCAUUGUCAUGGAGCAAGGAGCCAUGGGCAUGCGCAACGCCAAACUGCGAGGCGGAUCCGCCCUUGAAGCCAAGGCAGGAGGAGCCGACCAUGACGAUGGCACACGAGCCUUCUGGACAGGCGGCAGGCGCACCUGGAUCUGA